CUCAUCCGAUAGUUGGUUAACGAAGUCUCGGACGAGCGUAGUUUCGACGACGUGCUUGAUGGUGGUUUACGUGUAAGUAAUAAGGAAUUAUAUCUUAAUUAAUAGAUACGGAGCCGUAACGAGAAUCAUGACCAAGAGAGGUAUACCGGACAGAUGGGAAAGGUACACCCCUUUCGGUAACGUCAUCGGACAGACUCGAUUUAUCGCAUUUAAAGUGCCUCUGAAGGAAAGUCUGUGUAGAGGGUUGCCCGCCACGAUGAGAUUUACGCCGUCCAACCUAAUUUCGUCCGUCGACAAACUAGGAAUGGUAAUAGACCUGACCAACACCCGCAGGUACUAUAAUUCGGCCGAAAUCACCGACUGCGGAGUGGCCUAUCUGAAGAUUUUCUGCGAGGGAAGGGUUGUUCCCGACCGAAACGUGGUCGAGAAGUUCUUCGAGGCCGUCGAGAACUUUUUAAGGAACAACGACAAAGGUCUGAUUGGAGUCCAUUGUACGCACGGCGUCAACAGAACCGGGUAUCUAAUCUGUAAAUACAUGGUCGACAAAUUACGGUACGACGCCAAAGACGCCAUCCGCGAGUUUAAUACAGCUCGGGGUCACGACAUCGAAAGGGUGGCCUACAUAAACCAUUUGUGCAGAACGGAAAACGACGAGUCCCACGGAAAACACUACGAAACUUGGAGCGAAAGUGGCGGUUGGCCAGCGGAGAGAAGAGUGCGCGAUCCCCGCUUCCAAGCUGGAAAAAACUACGCUACAAACGCAACGAAUUACGGCAGAAAUUACACCAGAGAUUAUUGUUACGGAGAGAAUUCUCGACACGACGACUUUAAUUCUAUAGAAAGAAGGCAACGUAUUGAAAGUAGUCGAUUCGAUUAUUGGUACGAACCACCUUCGAAUGACGAAGGGCGGAGGAACUCGGGCCGCAAGCGUUCCAGGACUCAUACGAGAAAUCGCCAACGAUUCGACCGAGAUUCGAAUUAUCAGUCGCUGGACGACUUCCACGCCAACCGUCAACGUGUUUACGACGGAACUUUUUUUUAAAUUCCCAUGCGUAUUUGUGUAAAUUCCUUCGAAGAUUUGUGAAUAAAUUCGGAAAAAAUUAAUUUUUAAAGUAAAA